AUGCACUCUCCCCCUUGUGUCCACAUGAGUAGAGGGGCGGGGCUGCUCUGGCCUUCAAGCUCUGAGCUCCGCCCCCUCCCACCUCAGAAGUUCGACCUGAGCUACAACCAUCCAGGACCCUCCGCCGAGCUCCUGACCGCUCUACAGGACCAGCGCCCCCUGCUGUCUGUCAGGUUGGAUCCUGCUGGAGAGCGCUGGAUGGUUCCAGGUCUGAGGAAGUACUCCUGUGACGUUUCUCUGGACUCAAACUCAGCUCACAAACUUCUGCUUCUGUCUGAGGACCAUCAGACUGUGACUCAUGUGAAGGAGGAGCAGGAGUAUCCAGAUCAUGACGACAGGUUCACAGACUAUGUUCAGGUCCUGAGCUGCACUGGCCUGAGGGGGCGCUGUUACUGGGAGGUGGACUGGAGCAGGGCGGUUGUUGUAGCAGUGAGUUACAAAAAGAUCAGACGAAGAGGACAGGAACAGGAGUGUGGGUUUGGAUUCAAUGAUCACUCCUGGAGUCUGGGGAUCUAUGAGGAUGGACAGUACUUUGUCACUCACAACGGCAACGUAACACGACUCCAACGCUCCUGUCACUCAGAGAGAGGGGGCGUGUUCUCAGGCAGAGUGGGCGUGUUCCUGGACUCUGAGGCUGGAGCUCUGUCCUUCUAUGAUGUCUCCUCUGAUAGAGAACUGUCCCACCUCUGGACCUUCUCCUCGUCCUUCUCUGAGCCUCUGUUUCCAGGGUUUGGACUGUGGGAUAAAGAAGGUUCCUCUGUGACUCUGCUCAAAGGACCAAACAUGACUGAACGACUCAAAGAAACACACUCUCCUCAAAAGCGACCGCGCUGCAAAAUAUCUUCACCAAGGUUGGAUCCUGCUGGAGAGCGCUGGAUGGUUCCAGGUCUGAGGAAGUACUCCUGUGACGUUUCUCUGGACCCAAACUCAGCUCACAGACGUCUGCUUCUGUCUGACGACCAUCGGACUGUGACUCAUGUGGAGGAGGAGCAGGAGUAUCCAGAUCAUGACGACAGGUUUACAGACUGGCCUCAGGUCCUGAGCUGCACUGGCCUGAGGGGGCGCUGUUACUGGGAGGUGGACUGGAGCGGGGCGGUUGAUAUAGCAGUGAGUUACAGAAAGAUCAGACGGAGCGGAGAGGAACUGGAGUGUGCGUUUGGAUUCAAUGAUCACUCCUGGAGUCUGAGGAUCUAUAAGGAUGGACAGUACUUUCUCACUCACAACAGCAACGUAACACGACUCUCCCGCUCCUGUCACUCAAGGAGAGUGGGCGUGUCCUCUGGUAAAGGGGGCGUGUUCUUUGGCAGAGUGGGCGUGUUCCUGGACUCUGAGGCUGGAGUUCUGUCCUUCUAUGACGUCUCCUCUGAUGGAGAACUGUUCCUCCUCUGGACCUUCUCCUCGUUCUUCUCUGAGCCUCUGUUUCCAGGGUUUGGACUGUGGGAUCAAGGUUCCUCUGUGACUCUGCUCAAAGGACCAAACAUGACUGAACGACUCAAAGAAACACACUCUCCUCAAAAGCGACCGCGCCUCAAGAUAUCUUCACAAAGGUUGGAUCCUGCUGGAGAGCGCUGGAUGGUUCCAGGUCUGAGGAAGUACUCCUGUGACGUUUCUCUGGACACAAACUCAGCUCACAGACGUCUGCUUCUGUCUGACGACCAUCGGACUGUGACUCAUGUGGAGGAGGAGCAGGAGUAUCCAGAUCAUGAUGACAGGUUCACAGACAGGCCUCAGAUCCUGAGCUGCACUGGCCUGAGGGGGCGCUGUUACUGGGAGGUGGACUGGAGAGGGGCGGUUGUUGUAGCAGUGAGUUACAGAAAGAUCAGAAGAAAAGGACGGAGACGGGAGUGUGUGUUUGGAUUCAAUGAUCACUCCUGGAGUCUGAGGAUCUAUGAGGAUGGACAGUACUUAGUCACUCACAACAGCAACAUAACACGACUCCCCCGCUCCUGUCACUCAGAGAGAGAGGGCGUGUCCUCUGGUAAAGGGGGCGUGUUCUUUGGCAGAGUGGGCGUGUUCCUGGACUCUGAGGCUGGAGCUCUGUCCUUCUAUGACGUCUCCUCUGAUGGAGAACUGUUCCACCUCUGGACCUUCUCCUCGUUCUUCUCUGAGCCUCUGUUUCCAGGGUUUGGACUGUGGGCUCAAGGUUCCUCUGUGACUCUGCUCAAAGGACCAAACACAACUGAACGACUCAAAGAAACACACUCUCCUCAAGAGCGACCGCGCCUCAAAAUAUCUUCACCAAGUGUGUCCAAGGAACCAGAGGCCAGACCCUCCCACCACAGGGAACCGUGUGAUUUCGUCCCUGACGUGCGGCUGGAGUCGGGGUUCGUUUGCUUCAGGUUCAGGUGCCCUGGCUCCGGGGCCUUCCGCUGCUCUUCCACCGGAUUGGUGUUUGUGGUGACGAAGGAGGCGGAGCUUCAGUACAGAAUCGUCCAAUGGGACGAGGCGCUGGUGGAGUCGUCGGGCAGAACUCCUGCAGGACAUCUGUAUGACAUCGAGUGUCCAGAGCAAGCUGUGUGUGAACUGCACCUGCCGCACUGUGAACCCGAGCACGUGGACCUGUCCACGGUGGAUCUGUGUGUGGCUCACAUCAGUGACUGUGGGCUGAGCCUGAUGGAGCCAGAGCGGAUCACUCAGAGUCAUGUAGUGAUCUCUGUGUCUGGUCUCUCUGUGUUCGGGAUCUUGAUGAAGUUCUUUGGUGGAUACAAGGAGAUCAGUGGACAGGUCCUGCUCUUCUGCACCACAGACAAACUCACAAUCAACAUGUUCCUCCUGCCCAGGAACAUCUCCUUGGACCAGGUGAAGGAGAAACAGGACAUCACCAAAUUCCGCAUUGAUGCUCCUCCCAAAUGUAAACUGGUCGUAAACCGACAUUACAGAGUGACCUGUCCCACAGCAGAGAGAGUCCAGCCUGAGAGGGCGCUCUUCGAUUUGGACCAUGAACCCAACUACUACCAGUCCUUUCAGCUGCACCUGCCACCGAACUGUGGUCUACUGUCCAUCUCACUGACAGAGGACAACAGAACAGAGAACAAAGAGAACACAGAGAACACAGAGGUCUGGAGACACGAGCUGAAUCUGACUGAGGUCAUUGUGGGUGAAGACCAGAGGCCCCAGGUCAGUCCUCGGGUCAGUCCCGUGCAGCAGCUCGAGUCGGUGCGUUCUGAGUUUGUGCAGAGUGUGUGUCUGACGAGGUGCUGAAACAGCUCCUGGAUAAACUUCAGCAGGAGAAGGUCCUGACGUCAGAGGAAGCAGGUUGCAGGACAGUGAAGAGCAGAGAAGAUAAAGCCCGAUACCUGCUGGACACUGUGAUACCAAAAGGCGAGGCAGCAUCUUCAGUCUUGAU